UCCGUGUUAUAUCGUGUAUGGAGAGGUUUCACUGGAUAAUUUUCCCUGCGUAUGUAUUGUUCUGUUAUUUUGUUGCUGACGAUACUCCGGCUCCAGCUAUGAGUGCAGUCAUCCCCCGGAUAGAGCAGCUGUCUGCCAGAGUGGUUCGGGUUCUGGGCUGCAACCCGGGACCGAUGACCCUGCAGGGAACUAACACUUACCUCGUCGGCACCGGGCAAAGGAGAGUGCUGAUUGACACCGGAGAACCUGCUGUACCUGAAUACAUCAGCAGUCUCAAACAGGCACUGAGGCAGUUCAACACCAGCAUCCAGGAGAUCAUCGUCACACACUGGCAUCACGACCACACGGGCGGAGUGACAGACAUCUGCAGGGACAUCACUGGUUCUGAUGUCCGAGUCAGCAAACUGCCUCGCUCCAGACCAACAAAUGAGACCGCCGGAAACAAAACCUUUACUUAUCUAAAAGAUGGAGAUCUUGUCCAGACAGAGGGGGCCACGCUCAGAGUGCUGUUCACCCCGGGCCACACUGAUGACCACAUGGCCUUGCUGUUGGAGGAGGAGCGGGUGCUCUUCUCUGGAGACUGCAUCCUGGGCGAAGGCACAGCCGUUUUCGAGGAUCUCUACGACUACAUGAAGUCUCUGCAGGUCCUGCUGGACUCUGAGGCUGACAUUAUUUACCCCGGUCACGGGCCUGUGGUUCAGGAUGCUGGCUCCAAGAUCAGACACUACAUCAGCCACCGGGACCAAAGAGAGCAGCAGAUCCUGGCAGCCAUUCAGGCUGGAGCAGGAAAGCCUUUCUCCUCCAUGGAGCUCGUCAAGAUCGUCUAUAAGGACACGCCUGAACACCUGCACCAAAUGGCUAAUGUAAACCUGGUCCAUCACUUAAAGAAACUGGAGAAAGACGGCAGGAUCAGCCUGGUGAACGACUCUUCUCAGAUGAUCAAAUGGAAGAGUAACCUCUGAUGUCCACAGAAAAUGUGAAAAAAAUAAUUCUAAUUGACCAUUUGACGAGGACAAUGAGAAUCCAGCUGGUCAACAGUUCAUCAUUUUGUAAUCAAAAAUGCUCACCUUUCAACAUAAAUCUAUUGAUGAAUGCCUUAGAUCUACUGAUUGACAGAUUAAUGAUAAAUCAGGGAGCGCGGUUACUCUUGUUGCCUUGGAUGUUUCCACACUCAGAGCACACAGGACAAGACAAACAGUCAUGCUCACCAGGACUGAGCUGCAGCCUGUGUCAAGGUUUAACAAUCCAAAAUGUCUCUGAAGGUCGGCUGAAUGUUGCCUGUGGCAGAAUGGAAGAGCAGCUCCAUCACAAUGUGACCAGGGUGCCACAGUGCCCCCAUCUGCCUCAAAUAUAUUGUCUUCUUUUUCUUCUUUUGUUGACUUUCAACACAUCGUGAUGCCUUUGCCUUAGAUCAGCAGACUCUUACUCCCACUUUACCGUCUAGAACAUAAUCCUGAACAACUAUUUGAUUUGUGAAAGUGUUUCCACUUAUUUGACUGCUUUGGCCUGACAGACGGGCCAGGUGCAGUGAGGGGUGCCAACACGAUUAUAGCACACCAAAUUAUGUUCUCAAAAUUGAAAUAAUAAAAAAAAAUGAGUAUAAGUGAUUAUUCCCAAUUUCUUUUUGUUUUUAAACUUUUUAUUUGAAGAAAAAACAAAACAGCACAUACAUGUUGCUCUACAUUGUGUAAUAAAUUAAAAAUCAAAAUCACAUCCUUGCAAAAGCAUUUACACUCUCUGUCACAAUACUCCUAUAAAGACAUACUUAUAGCUAAAUUGAUAGGCAACUUGAAAAUCUGAAAAAAAAGAUAAUAAUGAUAAUUCGAAAAUCACAAUAACAGCCGUAAUAAUAGUGAGUUUAUCUGCCCCAUGUACACCUUCCUUCUUCCAUGUUUUCUUCUGCAAACAGAAUGAUGGGGAUAUCAUGGGGUGAUAACACCGAUGACAAGAGCAACACCAACUCAAAUGAUAGUACUAGUAAAUUAAAUAAAGAUAGUUUGCUGCAUACAUGUAUAGCACUGACUUAUUCCAAAUUUUUAUCAGUUAUUUUUUUGAAACUCUUCACAUUGGCAUAAAGUGAGUCCACUGCCCAGCACUUAAUUAAAAAGAGAAUGUCACUUUAAAAGCUAUUCAGCCUGAAGCCGAAGAACAUCAGGAGAAAAUGCCAGGAGUUGAGUUUCUGUAAAACAAAAUUAUGACUUAUGUUUUAGCAACAUGCUAGAUUUUUCUGAGUACACCAGACCAAAUUGCCUCCGUAGGUACUGUAUGACAGGUUGCAAACAAGCAAUGUAGAAUUUAAAAAGCCUCUCUUAUGCAGCAGGGGAUACAUCUCAUCACUCCCAACGUCAUGGAGAACAAUGAGGGCAAAACGGCAUCACCGACCUGUUUAAACCAAAUAUUCUCUGGUUUAGUUGAUCUAAAAACACAGAAUCUGUCUGGCCAAUAUUCCAAAAGUAACGUUCAAUUUGCUUUCCUCUCAGAGAUUGCUGACUGUAGAUGUCAUAAGCUUUCACAUAAUGAUAUAUAUUUAUGAACACCACCAUUUAGUUCCUUUGAUUAAAACGCAUUCUUGAUAAAUAAGCACUUGUUAAAGAAAUGCUGCACAAGUUUUCAGUGAGCCACUAGAUGGCAGUCUCUGCUCAUUAAUUGUACUAGUAGAUAACUUUUACAUCAUAUUGCACAUAUUGUACCAUAUGGAAACAUAACAAAUAUUUUCUUAUUUGUUAAAAAUAAUAAAUGUGAAGAAA